AUGAGCAUUCUGCAAUAUUGCGUUAUUUCAGCCGUGUUCUUUGCGGAUCCAGCCACGAGACUGGAAACGAAUGGCGACGGAGAGUUGAUCCCGCAACGAAGGGAGCGCUAUGUGUUCCGACCGAUUCUGAUCAAGAUUCUUGAGGGAUUCUUCACGCAGUCACCAUUUCCGGACCUCCAUAAACGAGUCGAGAUCGCCACAGCUUGCAAUCAAGUGCUACAAAUCGAGAAAAGAGGUGUCGGUCUAAUGCCGAAAGAAGUUGUCUCACCUCAAGUGGUCGCCAAUUGGUUUGCCAACAAACGGAAGGAAUUACGGCGGCGUUCACAGGAAGCCAGUGAGCAGGCGGCUGCUGUUGCCGGUCCGACUACGAGCAGCCAGCCACAAACUCCUGGUCAAAGCGGGCAACGAGGAGGCCACGAUCCCGACGCAAACGUCAUGCUCAUGGCAUCACUUCCAGAGCCGUAUCAUCGCACCGUGGGUCUUCCGAGUUCCGGUGUUGGAUCGACUCCUUCUCCAAUCAUGGAAGAAGCCGAGGCGAUGGAUCAGACCGAAGUCGAGACUCGUCCGUUGGAUGUGAUGGCGUUGGCCGCCCGGCUCGGUAUCGCCUUUCCACAACUGGCCGCCGCAGCAGCAACCACCGCUGCUGACUCUUCAUCAGUGGACACGACGUACUCUCAAGCGCUACCUAUAGCAACGUUGGCGUCGCACCUGUUGGCAGCAAGCCAAAAUCUUGCCGCCGCGCCCUUCAACAGUGGUGGUGGUGGGGGUGACAGUGGUGCCAACACGGGAUCACAACCCACAACGAUCCCUGCCAGUGCUACUGAGGCUAGCCAAUUGACGAUGGCCUCUUUAGCAUCCCAGCUGUUGCCCACUACGGCGCCAUCGAACUUGUCGCUGAUCCCACCCGCUUUUCAAAUGCUCAACAAUCAACUGCCAGUGCUCAACGAACUCUGCAACACGGAACAGCAGCAGCUCGACACAGCCACAGAACACAAUCUGCUUUCAAUGACCACCUACGAUCAACUUCAUCCUUCAGCCACUCUCGUCAAAACCGAGCCUAUGGAGUGA